UCUCUCAAACCCAGACCUAAGGGCACACCAAAUACCAAAAUCUGAAUCUCAAAGGGUUCAUGCGUUUUCGCCAUCGUUCUCCUUUACACACUCCAAUCCCGCUCCAUGAUCUCUAACGAGAGUUACCAGACAGGCAUCUCGAACUGUCGCAAGCGACCUUCGCCGCCUUUCGCUGCCGCAAGGACCGUGUGCUCCGCCUCAAUCUCCACCUCUUGGAGGACUGAAUCGCCACCACCGUGGACGGUUAUGAUGGUAUUCUGCAUGCUUCUCCGGAGAAAGUACAGCGCCCUGCUCUAUUCUUUGAGGGACAUUGAAGAUAGUGCCACACUAUUCAGACCCAAAUUAAUAGUUGCUGGUGCCAGUGCUUGUGCACGCUUGUACGACUAUGCAUGCAUACGCAAGGUCUGUGAUAAGCAGAAAGCUAUUUUGUUAGCUGAUAUGGCACACAUCACUGGAUUGGUUGCGGCAGGUGUUAUUCCAUCUCCUUUUGAGUAUGCAGAUAUUGUUACAACCACAACUCAUAAGUCAUUUCGUGGGGCUAUGAUCUUUUUCAGGAAGGGGGUCAUAGCCCCACGAGGCCACAACUCCAGAGUUCAAAGCUUACCAAGAACCUUGCUAGAGAAGGGCUAUGAUCUUGUCUCUGGUGGAAUUGACAACCAUUUAGUGUUGGUAAAUUUGAGGGACAAGGUGCAAUUGACUCUUUUCAUGUGA